AGACACAAUUACACAUUCACAAAAUACACACACCUGCAACUCUAAUCGGAGGAGAAGAAGAAGAAGAUGAUGAAGAGUGUUGUAAUGCACCGCCUUCCUCCGUCGUCCAUCCCACUCUGUUUCAAAUCAUCAUCAUCAUCGUAUUUUUGUAGAUCAAUUGCUAAUAAUUAUGAUAAGAUUAAUCCUACUACUACUACUUCACUCCUCGUCUCCCGAUUCAAUCAAAUACGCAUGUCUUCCUCAUCCCCCACCAAUCAGAAUGCUUCCACUGCCGAUGAACUGAAUGUCUUUCAACUCAUCCAAGCGCACCAGGAAAAAGCUGCUAGGCUACCUCCUAUUGAGGAAAUUAAGACACUUCUCCACUACAGCAUCUCUCGCGGAGUCCUCUCUACUUUCUCUUUGAAGUACAAGGGGUAUCCAUCAGGUUCCAUGGUGGACUUUGCUUGUGAUGCUUAUGGAUCUCCUCUGUUAGCAGUUAGUAGUUUGGCCGUUCAUACAAAGGACCUUGUAGCUAAUCCCAAAUGCUCAUUGCUUGUAGCAAAAGAUUCAGAGGAUAGAACCGACCUAGUUAUUACAGUGCAUGGUGAUGCCAUCCCAGUUAGUGAAACUGAGAGGGAAACUAUUCGUACUGCUUAUUUGGCUAGACAUCCUGAUGCAUUUUGGGUUGACUUUGGUGACUUCCAAUUCCUGCGCAUUGAACCCCAAGUUGUUAGAUAUGUGUCGGGCGUUGCAACAGCUUUAUUAGGAUCAGGAGAAUUCAGCAAGGAGGAAUUUACAACGGCAAAAGUGGAUCCUAUAUAUCAAUUUUCUAAGCCCAUAACAUCCCACAUGAAUAAAGAUCAUUCAGAAGAUACAAAGCUGAUGGUGCACUACUCUACGUCUGUCCCGGUGGAAUUUGCCUACAUGUUGGAUAUAGACAGUCUGGGUUUCAAUGUCAAGGUUGGUUACCAAGGAAACAAUUUCAAGCUCCGAAUCCCUUUUACAAGGCGUGCGGCAGACAGAAAGGAUGUGAAGACACUGAUAGUAGAAAUGCUUCAAGCUGCGAAAACCCAAGCCAGUUAGUUACUAAAUCUCACUCUCUGGUGCCGCAUGUCAGUUAUUAUAUACAGCCUUUUUCAUGCAUAUUUAUUAAAGCUGCGAAAUGUUGUUUGUUACCAUGAGUAAUCAAAGCUGACCUGCCUCAUUAAUUUUUCUAUGUAAAUUGCAAAUAUUAGGUUUAUUCUUUUUAUUUUUGGCUCAGCCGAAGAAGUUGUUAAUUGUUUGGAUUUCA